AUGACGCGUUUCAAGUGGCUAGACGUUGUCACCAUGGCAAAUUCGAUGCCAGUACGGUUACAGAGCGGCAAAAGCCAAACCAGCGCGUAUGGCAAUAUUGCACUGGGUGGAGGGUUUGAAGUGUUGGACUAUUACAAGGAUACCAAUAUCAUGUUCGUGGGUACUGAGAUCGAGAAUGAUCCUGAAUAUUUGUAA